AUGAGAGAGUUGGGCCGUAUGUUUAGGACCUAUUGUCAUUUCAAGCACUCUAACUGGCCCCAAUAUGUUCCAUAUAUUGAGUGGACCUUAAACAACGUCUAUCACGAGUCCACUGCCCACACUCCCUCAGAACUUUUCCUCAGAGAUACCCCACACAACCCCCUUUCACAAUUUAUACACUUUCCUAAUAAUGAUUUUCCUCCAAAUUAUAAACAUAAAUUAACACUAGCCCAUGAAAUACAGUUAACAAAAUCCGAAGACCGUAAGAAACGUCAUGAUAAAACAAUUAAUGCUCCCCUUUUCAAAAUUAACGAUCUCGUCCUUGUAAAAACACACCGUUUAAGUAGUCAAAUUGAUAAAAAAAUCUCCAAAUUUUUCCUUCUGUAUGAUGGUCCCUAUAAAAUUAAAAGUAUCAAGACUGUAAAUGCUUAUAAAUUAGUUGGUCCGGAUGAUGAUACCCCACGAGGUACCCAUAAUGUUGUUCACCUAAAGCCGUACAAACCAUCCACCAUGGCAACACUACUCUAA